AUGCAUAUCCCAAACAUCCCAAGCCUCCUCAAACUCUCCCUCCUCCUUUUCACAUUCCUCUGCAUCGCAGCCCCAACUUCUGUGUUUACGGCUCCGGCGGGUGCAGUGGUUGAGUAUACGCGUGCUUCUCAGGAUUCUCGGAGUUUUCAAGAUUCUCAUUCUGAGAUUAAUCUUGUGGAGCUUGCUGAGAAGAAUGAUGGUUCUGGGGAUUUGGUUCGGAUUUCUGGGGAGAGUGAUGGGAUUGCUGAUGGGAUUGCUGAUGGGGUUCGGUUUGUCGAGAAGCGUGACGGUUCUGCUGAUUCGAUUCAACUCGAUAAUACCAUCAACCUCGUUCAACUCCCUAAGAAGCGUCAAGAUACCCCGCUCGAUCUCAUUCAACUCUCAAAGCAUGCCAUUCCUACCAACCUCUUCCAACUUUCGGAGAAGCAUGAAGAUUCCCCCAUCAACCUCAUCGAAUUCAUCUCACUCACUAACCAUCAAACCCACAAACAUAAAUCCACGCAUCCUCGUAAUGUCCAAGAUACAUCCAUCAACCUCGUCAAACUCAGCAAUCGUCAAGAUUCCCCCACCAACCUCAUCGAACUCAGCAAUAGCGCCAAAGCAAAAUAUCUCCAAACUAGACAAAAUGAUUGCGGUUCUUCACCAUAUCAAAACCCUUCAUGUAGUGCUGCUGGUGGCUUGAGUGUUCGGGGUUUUAUGGUGGUUGCUUUUGUUAUGGUUGCGGUUUUGAUGGUUUGA